GACUUAAUGGCUCAUCUAGAUUAUAACAACUACCAGGUAGCAUGGAUUGCUCCGCUCGAGAUCGAAACUCAGGCAGCCAUGUGCAUGCUCGAUGUUCGGCACACGGGCAGGUUUCCAGUAAGACAGGGCCACGACUACAACUUCAUCGCGGGUCGCAUGUGCGGGCACAACGUGGUUAUCGGCACCUUUCCCCUUGGACAAGAAUAUGGCAUAGGGUCAGCAGCAGCUCUCGCUAGCCAGAUGAAGAUUCUCUUCCCUAAGCUCUGGUUCACAUUACUUGUUGGUGUCGCAGCAGGGCUUCCAAGCGUUAAACGAGACAUACGUCUUGGAGAUGUACUCGUUGCACUCCCUGAUGGCGAAAUCCCUGCUAUAGUACCAUACGGACUCGGCAAAGAAACAUCCGAGGGACUCAGUCUUCUUCGUGGAGGACGAAGCCAAAAUCAAACGCAGGCCAUUGUGGGAUCUGCUAUUGGAAGGAUCAAGGUUUCGGAUCCUGAGGGUCAUAUCAACGGGUUCCUGGACCACUUCAAAGCCAUGAAAGACCAAAAGCACGCGAAGGGCGACUUCAAGGAUCCUGGCCAACCUCAAGACGAGUUAAUCGGGACGAAUACGACCGGAGAGAGAGUCGUUAUUCCUCGGGAGCCAAGGCCAAACAAUAACGCGCGUACCAGAGUGUGGUAUGGGCCGCUCGGCUCCGGUGACAAAUUGAUGAAGAAUGCUGAGAAGAGGGACGCUUGGAGAGACCAGUACAACAUAAUUGGUCUAGAGAUGGAGGCAGCAGGAAUCAUGAACCGUCUUGCUGUCGGUGUCAUCAGAGGGACAGUCCUCUUCUACGUCGACGCCAGCAGUAGAAAGUCAGCGAACAGCAGCUACCUUGCCAUAGCUCGAGUCAGCGGGACCUUGAUAGACACGUCUGGCAUCAACUCCGAAGAGGACAUCUCUCAACAGCUGUCACUCACGAGGAUAUGGAUUAGCAGCCUUGAAGAACCCUGGAUUCUCUUCAUCGACAACUUCGAACCCUCUUUGGCCACUGAUCUCAAUGACUAUCUUCCUCAAAAAGGUUGUGGCGCCAUUAUCAUCACAACCAUCGACGGACAGCUCGCUCCAUACUGCGAUAGUCAGGAAAUUAUCUCCCCAAUGGAUCCAUGGGAUGCCAACGAACUGAUACACAACUUCGUGAAUGCCGCAAAGGACUUUAGUGAAGAAGAGUGGGUGGCGAUCGACGACUUGGCCUCUCGAACACUUGGAGGGCUCCCGCUGUCCAUUGUACAGGCCGGUUCUUACAUUGCCAUGAACCCAAACAGCCUCUUGGACUACUGCUAUGACUUCGACCAAUCAUUUCAAACAAGCCUCGAGGACCUGCCUGACUUGCCCCCGGGAAGUGGCCAAAGCAAAUCUGCUUUACACGCAUUGGGCACCACCAUGGCUCUUGUCGAGAACUCGCCGGAGACCAUGGAGCUACUUCGGACCCUGUGCUUUUUUCACAAUGAAAGCAUUUCGGAGCAGAUUUUUGAGAAAGCCUGGAUCAACUUGACAGAAUUCUCAGGAGAGUCUUCGCAGUGGGCACACUGGGCGCCCCUGGUGCCGCUUUUGAAUUCCGAAAGUACUCAGUGGCGCACACCCGGUCUCCGUAAGGCGUUCAAUACCCUGUGUCGGUACAGUUUGCUUGUCUGCGAUGCAUCGUAUUCCAGCAAGUACUCGAUGAACAAGCUCGUACAGAAUUAUUGCAGGGAGUCGCUCUCAGCAGAGGAUUGGGAGAAGUAUGUGUAUCGAGCAACUUGUUUGUCAGCAUUGGCCUUGGCCAAUGAACCGAUUUCCACCACUGCAUCGCGGAUGGAUAACCCCUUGGGUGUUGAUCUACAAAAAUCCAUGAUACCCCAUAUGGAAGCGUUUACUUCAAAU